AUGAUGAUGGCUGAUGGAUGCUGCAGGGGGGUGGACAGAGGCAGGGGAAAGAUGGUGUCCGAGUCCCAGCCGAGACACGGGUACCCUCAGCAGCAGUACAUGCAGCAGCAGCAGCAGCAGCAGCAGCAGAAUGACAUUCAGGAGCUGGCCUCCAAACGCGUCGACAUCCAGAAGAAGCGCUUCUACCUGGACGUGAAGCAGAGCGUGCGCGGCCGCUUCCUCAAGAUCGCCGAGGUGUGGAUCGGGAGAGGCCGCCACGACAACAUCCGGAAGAGCAAGCUGACGCUGUCCAUGUCCACGGCCCCGGCUCUGCGCUACUGCCUGGGGGACUUCAUCGACUACUACGCCCGGAUCGGGCUGCGGGGGGCCCCGGGCCCGGCGCCUCAUCCGGCCGAGGAGCACGGCAGCAACGGGCAGGUGCGCGGCGGGCACGACGCGCGCAGGAAAGCGCGGGAGCAGCAGUCUCCCGCCGGCUCCGUGGGCUCCGACGAGCAUGCCCACCGCGUCCUGAAGAGCGAGUUCAUCGAGCGGGACAACAGGAAGUACUUCCUGGACCUGAAGGAGAACCAGAGAGGCCGGUUCCUGCGCAUACGGCAGACUGUGAGCAAGGGCCACGGCACCAUGGGCUACUACGGCCAGGGCAUCGAGCAGACCAUCGUGCUGCCCGCGCAGGGGCUCAUCGAGUUCAGGGACGCCCUGUCGCAGCUCAUCGAAGACUACGGAGACGAGGACGCGCUGGACGAGGAGCGCGCGGGCUCCAGGAGCCGGCUGGACAGCCCCGAGCUGCCGGAGGCGGCGUCGUUCCGCGUGGACAACAAGCGCUUUUACUUCGACGUGGGCUCCAACCGCUACGGCGUGUUCCUGAAGAUCAGCGAGGUGCGCCAGCCCUACAGGAACACCAUCACCGUGCCCCUGAAGGCGUGGGCGCGCUUCGGGGAGAACUUCAUGCGCUACGAGGAGGAGAUGCGGCGCAUCUUCUCGUGCCACAAGGAGAAGAGGACAGAGGCUCGACAGGACAGCCUGGAGCACGAGGACUGA